UUUAAAAUAACACAUUCUUUAGCUUUCACAAAUCAGUGUGAGCAUUCAAAUCAUAAAAAAUAUUACAACAUGUCGACGACAAAAAUAAAAUUUCCUCUUCAUGAUACACAUCUAAAAAAAUCAUUGGGAAUCUUGAGGACCGCCUGCAUUUUGUCAUUGAUAGCCCCAAUAUGUUUCUAUGUGUUGCAUAAUGUGCCACGGAAAAAUAAGUACAAGACUUUUUACUCAACUUAUGAUCCAAUUGAUGCUUUUGAUCGCAUGCAGUCUGGCGGUUACUUAGCUUCCUGUCCGAAGGAUAAAAAGGAUAGCAAGAAUGAUAAGAAAAAGUAAAACAUGAAGUUAACCAGAAAAACUAAUAGAAAACUGGAAACACACACAUGAAACAUGAAACAUCAACAAAGCGUCAAUAUAACAAGCGAAAGGAAAUCCAAAAGGAACAAAUAUUAAACUGAUUCACACUCAAAUGUUCCUCCUACAGAGGAUAUUCUAUUCUACAUAACUAAUCUAAUAAAUGGAGCAUUGCAAAAUUUU